CCAUCCCCCCGGGUAGGCCCGGGUGCCCUUGCCAGGCCUGCCCCCAUCACCCGGGCUCCGCCCGUUGCUAUGGAAACGCCCCGGGCCUGGAGGAGGCCAUAAUGGGCAAGCCAUGGCCAGGCCCGGCGGGGGCUGCGGGGGGCCGGAGGCGGCCCCCUGGGAGCUGUCCCUGGAGCAGGUACUGAGCGCCUACGAGCAGCCCAUCAACGAGGAGCAGGCCUGGGCCGUCUGCUACCAGUGCUGCGGGGGCCUGCGGCGGCGGCGGCGGGGGGCCCACCCGGCCUCCCUGGGCCGCAUCCGGGCCACGGCCGAUGUCCUCCUGCGCAAGGAUGGCACCGUCAGCGCCCAGCUGGAGCCCGGCCCGGACGAAUCCACAGAGAUGGUGUCACCACCGGCCAACACUGAAGCUCAGAUGGUGCAAUCUCUGGGCUUUGCCAUCUACCGAGCCCUGGACUGGGGGCUGGAUGAGAGUGAAGAGCGGGAGUUGAGUCCCCAGCUGGAGCAGCUCAUCGAUCUGAUGGUCAACAGUGACUGCGAGGACAGCAGCUGUGGGGCGGCCGACGAGGGCUAUGGCGGCCAGGAGGAGGAAGAGGAGGCGGCGGCGGCCAGCGAGGGUGGCCCCCGGGCCGUGCGCACCUUCGAACAGGUGAUGAGGCUGUGCGCGGCCCGCCUGACCGACCCCCGGGAGGCACAGUCUCAUUACCAGGCUGUGUGCCGGGCCCUCUUUGUGGAGACCGUGGAGCUGAAGGCUUUUCUCACCAAGAUCCGGGAGGCCAAGGAGAUGCUACAGAAGCUGAGGGAGGAUGAACCCAAGACAGAGAAGCCUCCGGCUGACCUCGAUAACCUGCGGAACACGGACUGGGCCCGGCUGUGGGUCCAGCUGAUGCGGGAGCUGCGCCAUGGGGUGAAGCUGAAAAAAGUGCAGGAGAAGCAGUUCAACCCUCUGCCCACCGAGUACCAGCUGACCCCCUUUGAGAUGCUGAUGCAGGAUAUCCGGGCUCGCAAUUACAAGCUCCGCAAAGUCAUGGUUGAUGGUGACAUUCCCCCCAGGGUGAAGAAAGAUGCCCAUGAACUCAUCUUGGAUUUCAUCCGUUCUCGGCCUCCCCUGAAACAGGUGUCAGAGAGGAGGUUGCGGCCGAUGCCGCAGAAACAGAGGACCCUUCAUGAGAAGAUCCUAGAAGAAAUUAAACAGGAAAGGAAGCUGCGUCCUGUGGAGUCUCCUUCCUGGAAUACCAAAGGCUUCGGAUCCCUGCCCUGCCUGCUCAAUGCCUGCUCCAGCGACGCCAAGUCCACGUCCUGCAUCAACCUGUCUGUCUCAGAUUCCGGCAGCAGCCACGGCAGCAGCCAGCGCCCGCGGCCCCGCGUCCUGCUCAAGGCCCCCACCUUGGCUGAGAUGGAAGAGAUGAACAUUUCCGAGGAAGAGGACUCUCCAAAUGGGGAGAUGAAGAGGGCGACCAGUACACUGUUACCCCUGAAGCGUGACCGCUCCUUCUCGGAGCGGGACCUGGCCCAACUCCAGAGCGAGAUGGCCGCUGGCCUGCAGCCUGACAGCGGGCUCGUGGGAGCGCAGAAGCUGGAGCCGCGACCACGCUCAGGUAGCAUGUACGCUGCAAGGCCGGAAACCAGAGAUCAGGGUUCAUUCCCCAUUAACUACCAGGGCCUGCCCAGCACUGCUUCUGCCGCACACAGCUCCCUCGGGGCCGUGGAGGAGAGACCGGGGGUUAGUUCCGGCUCCGACUGCCGCUCCAAACACCUGUGGUUGGAGUUCAGCCACCCUGUGGAGAGCCUGGCCCUCACAGUGGAGGAAGUCAUCAACGUGCGCCGGGUGCUGGUGAAGGCUGAGAUGGAGAAGUUCCUGCAGGACAAAGAGCUUUACAAUGGCCUGAAGAAAGGAAAGAUCUGCUGCUGCUGUAGAACCAAGUUCCCUCUGUUUUCCUGGCCUUCAAAUUGCCUCUUCUGCAAGAGAGCUGUCUGCACCUCCUGUAGCAUAAAGAUGAAGAUGCCUUCCAAGAAGUUUGCACACAUUCCUGUCUACACUCUGGGCUUCGAGAACCUUUCAGGCUCUGCAGCUGCCAAAACAAUGCUGACCCGGAGGAGAGAUGUCUUCCAGUCCCUGCAAGGGACGCCAUGGAGAAGCGUGGAGGACGAGUUCCCCCACAUCUACACACACGGCUGCAUCCGGAAAGAUGUCUGCAAUGACUGCACCAGCUUUGUGGCCGACGUGAUCAGCUCCAGCAGGAAGAGUGUGGACAUCCUCAACACCAGCCCUCGCAGGAGCCGCCAGACUCAGUCCCUCUACAUCCCUCCCACCUGGACCUCCAAGCACAACUGACCCACCGUCUCCACCGCUUGCUCCACCUGGUGUGGCUUGCGGGGCCCGGGGCCCCGAUCCCCAAACGUUCAGUGUCACGAACCUUUCUGUAAGUCAGCCCCAGGCUCCCUACGGACGUAUCUCCCAGCUCCAGAUUCAAGUCAAGAUGGUCCGCCUUCUGCACGGCUCCCCCAGCCUCCGCCGUCACCGCCGUUCUGGCCCCUGUGUUGGUGGAAUCACUCUGCUUAGAGUUGUGCGUGUACAUAUAUACAUAUAUAGAUACAUUUAUAUACAUAUAUCCACGCCUAUAUAUUUAUAUAUAUUGUUUACCGGGCAUCGGGAGUUCCUUUCCACUAGGGACUCACCACGAUGUGCUUAAGGCCCUGGGCAGCCUCUGGCAUGGGACCAUGAGAAAGACCCAUUCUUCGCUAUCGCUCAAAUUAGCUGAGGGGGUUGGGGUGGAGAAAGGAAGCGUUUUUCUGAGCAUCGAUAGGAGUUAGAGCAGAGCGUCCAGAGCUAGAAAUUCCCGGUGCCAUUCUCCUAUUGAGUUGGAGGGAACGUGACUGGCUUCAAUCCUCCCCCUAGGUGGUUCAAGGUCAUCCUCUCUCCCCGUCUUCCUUGCGCAUGCCUGUUUGUAAAAAGACGCCUCCUCCCCGGGGGAUAAUCACCGCGUGGGAGUCCCUCAGUGAAGCGGCUCCUCUCGGCAACAUUUGCUUUAAUUAAAGCCCCAACGCUAAGGGAAAGGAGCUCUUAGAAUAAUGGAGCCUCCGUGUUAACUUUUCAGACCUGGGCAAUACUCCACGCUCCUGCAGGCUCAGGUGGUAGCUCUUGGCUUUCUUGUAGCUUCUCUGGCUCUGGAAAAGGGCAAGAGGGACAUGGGGUGAGUAGUGGGCAAGGGCUAACAAAAAUCUGUCUUCACCUUCCUUUAGCCUUCAUCAUCCGGUGAGCCUCUAGAAGGGACACACAUAGGGUAAUCCUUCAGCACCUCCGUCUGCUCUAGUGCCUCCUAGCAAUGAGUCUUUGGGGGCAGAGACAAGGGGAGCUGCUGGCCUCCUCUCCCUUGCUCCCAACUUGGAAAUCUUUAGAGAGAAUAUUUAUUCUCCCUUCUGCUUUCCCUGGUUUCAUUUACAGCUCAGAUCUAGAGCUUUGCCUACUAUACAUCCCACCUCCCUCCUUGUUUCUCUGCAAUUUUCCUCCAAAGUUUUUUUCUCUCUGUCCCAUCCGAUCUCUGAGCUCUUUCCGCCAACCUGCUUUCUUGGCAUUCCCAGCACUCCAUCUCUUGCUCUGGCUCAGCGGCGCCGUGUGCUUCGUACCUUCUGGAGGGGCUCGGAAGUAUUUAUUUAGAUUCCAGUUUCAUAUCAGACAUUUGGCUGUGAAUGGGUAUUUAAUGUCACCGAGCAGGUGAAAUGAGAAGCUGGGGAAAGCUUUUCAUUUUUCCACGUUAGGAAGGGGCCCAGGGCUCAACACUGUGACUAUGAAUCCUCUGCAGAGGGAAAGUAGGACUCAGGUAGGUCGAAGCUCUCAGCACAUUGGGCACAUUACUGUGAAUCUGUGCCUGUUCAAGAAGCCACUCAAUAUAGUCUUCCUGCAGGGGUUCGUGGUGACCCUGUUGGAAACAGAGGGGCCUGGAUGUCCGUUAGGAUUGUUCAGUUCUCAUGACCACUCCCCGAAUCUCAUCCCUCCCUUCAGCCAGGAUCCUGUGUUCUAAGUAUUAGGGUUGGAACUUGCUCCCUUGGGGACAAAAGCGGGUUUGUACACCCAACCCGAAAACAUUCCCGUGGCCGGUUACUAAGGCCGCUUCGGGAAUGGAGGCACAUAGGAAGUCAUGGAGAAACCUAACCUCCUCUACAAAUGCAGCUCCAGAGGCUGCCCUGCCCAAGAUCAUAGGAAAGUCAGAAAGCCUUCAGGAAAGCCACCCCAUCCUCAAAAUAGGGCUCCUUCAGGACGAGAAACCACAUCUGCCAGGAAAACUUUAUAUCAACAGUUGCUUGGGGAUCGGUUACCCUACCUUGGAAGGCUUUCAACUCCCUCCUCAUCGCAUUACCCUCCAACUCUCACCUCAUGCCUGGCUGCCCCGGGUCUCAAUCUCCUUCAUUUACCACAGACACUCUCUACCACCAAGCAGGAGCCUUGGUGCCUGUGUGGUUGUGAUGAGUAAUGGGAUCGUGCUUGAGAAAUUGUAUCACUGUAAAUACUUCACAGGCUCUCCUCUGUACAUAAAGGUGUUCCCAAUGUAAUAAAGAUUUACUGGCUGGGGCCA